ACUACAGGGGAUCACAGCGAAAGGGUAUUCUAAUAAGCCUCUUCACCAGUCUUCACCUUAUGUGCAUAUGGCCAUAGUAACCUGAAAUUCUCGAUCAACUCAGAGUAACUGUACUUCCUCACCUGUAGAGCAGAAAAUUUUCCAGUAAUACAGCCUGUACUACGUAGACAAUCGUUUGCAAUCGUACAAUGUCUACCGCUGCACUCGGCGCUGGACGCCCUGUCCCAUCUUUCAUAACCGACAAUUUCAACCGUGGCGAGAAGGUCGACAACGAAUCUGGACGCUACUACUGGUCCUGCAAACACUGUCCAGAUGCUGUCCUGUCACCAGAAGGCCCUCGCUAAGGGCAGGCCGAUUCGUCGACGUCAUGCGCACAUGCACACCAGCGCCCAGCCAGGCAUCAACGUUGAUGUAGCUGCUGAUCUAGAAGCCAAUUUUGCGUGGGCACCACCACUCGCGUCUCAGACUCAGAACAUCAAUGACGAUCUUGCAGGUCCUGAAUCCAUAUCACUUGACGAGAUCGAUGCAGCAUUUGCACUAUUGGCCCGGGAACACGAGAAAGAAGUCAUGGAAUGAGUGCUGGAUGAUGGAAACGAAGUGUUGGUAGGCUUCGAGUCCGAGCGCGCCUGCGGCCCCUUUGCGGAAUUUCAAUUCUUGCUUCUCAUCCUCAAGGACGCCGUGCGACGUUUGUAAGUUGCAUUUUCUGCAUCUGAUAUCUUGAGCAACGCAUGUAUCUUCACAAAUUUAAAUACAGAAGACGUGACUUACGAGCUCAUCGUUGUGUUAAAAUAUAGCAUAUUGGUUUUCAUCAUAUGAUAUGACCGCUUUUUUCUUUAUCCCCGGGCCUAGGUCUUGUAGGAUCGGUUAACUUCUCGUACUGGUUCCAACUCGAGCACAGUGAUGCCUGGACAACUCUGAUGCGUUUCCCUCAUGUGCAUUCGUGCUCUCGCCUGGUGACUUGGCAACCCCCCAGCCAUCUUGGACCCUCA